GUUUUGUCUUAUUUUAUUUGCUCGAAUAGGAAAAUAGAACGCAAUUAUGAGAUAAAAAUUAAGAAAUCAAGCAUUUUGAGGUUUUUAAAAUACAAAUUCCCAGUUUUAAGCUAUUAUCAUCGAAGAUGAGCCAGCUAUACUCGUGCGUAGCGGUAUACCCCAUUGGAAACCAAGAUGGCGAAGGGAAAAAAGUCUUUUAAAGAAAAGAAAAUCAUCAUUUUUGAUGAAGAUUUGAGAAAGGACUAUCUACUUGGGUUUAGGAAACGAAAAAAUCAACGUCGUCAGAAGGCGAUGGAUGAUCUAAAAAAGAAAGAAAAAGAAAAGAUAAGAGAACUUAAGAAAAAGAAAAGAGAAGAGUUCAUGGAACAUCUUAGAAAGCAAAGACAAGAGCUAGAUGCAUUGGAAUCAGAAGAAGAAGAUGAACCAGAAGACCAUUCAACAUCAGUUGAUACAACAUAUGAUCACCCAGAACAAGUUGUCACCGUGACAACAGUCUGUGACCUUGACCUUGAAGAAGAUUCAACAAUUAUUGGCCAUAACAAGGGAAAUCAAGAAAUAGAUUCAAAUCCCGAUAUGAACAGGGUAAAUAAAGAAGAAACAAAAACUAAAGUGUUUGAAAAGAAAAUAAAGAAGUACAACAAAAACCAAAAUACUCAGCGAAAAAGAUCAAAAGAUAAUAACUCCUCAAAAUUUCAUCCCAAGAAGAAAAGGAAAAAAAAUGCACAUAUUGUAAAAUAAAAUGUAUUGUGUAGUUGGUAAUGUCAUUUGGAUUUUCCAAUAAUUUCUCAUUUUAUAUGUAGAAUUUUGUAUGCAGUAAAAUAAAUGUAUUUUAAAGACAUCCUAAUUACAAUUUCAGGAAUUUUCCUCAAAAGAAAACUAAUGGAUUCCCGCCAAAGGCAUUUGAUAUUUUUCUCUUAUYCUCUCUAUUUCAUUAUACACACCAAACGCAUAAUUUAUCACUACUAUACAAUGGAAAGGAGAUCUACUAAAUGCUUGAAAUUAAGAAAGACGUUUUCAAAUUCUCUUUUUUUUCCCUACAUCUAUAUCUGAAGGGAGCUCAUUUGUGGACUGAAAAUACUACCAUAGACGACCGGCUGAUUAUCUCUUAAUAUCAAUCUCUUCGUUAAUAAAUAAAUCGCUUAAUAUCACUCGACUCGUUUGUUUACAACAGCAAAUAAAAGAAAAAUAAGUAAGAAAACUUGAAAUUGAAUUGUUCGCGUCGAAAGUCCAAUAUGAUCAAAAAUUACUGCAGCGAAGCUCUAUCAAGAACUCACGUCAUCCUUAUCGUUUCCGACUUUUGUUAUUUUGACUUCAUCGUUAAAUCACGAACCUUCAAAGUCCAACUUUCUGGCCACAAGGUACGAGAUUUUUGAUACUUUUUCUUCGGCUUUUUGUCAUCAGUUUCCCUC